AUGAAACAUUCAGAAUUAAAAAAUGAAAAAGAUGAUGAGAAAUUAAGUGAUGAAAAGUUAACUAACGAUGAAUUAGAUAAAGAAUUAAACAAUGAAAAACUGAACGAUGAAUUACCUAAUAUUGAUGAUGAUAAUAUUAAUUUGAAUAGGUUGAAUGAAUUAGAGUUUGUAGAUAUUUCUGAUAAUGAUAUUGAAGAUAAAAUCUAUAAUGAAUUAAAAUUAGAAAUUAAUAAAUUUUUUGAAAAAAAAAGCUUAUAUUGUUCUAUUAAACAACUCUGUUUUGAAAAAAUUGGCUAUAAUCAGUUUCUUAAAUAUCGAGCAGAAUUUGAAAGCCUAGAUAAAAAAAUAUAA